AUGAAAAUCUCCUUCUCAACGGCCGUUGCAGGCCUGUUGCUCCCUUCCUUUGGCUCUGCCACUCCUGUUUCACUGCCUGCUGAGGCCUCGAGCGGCCUGACCAAGCGACGAUGCGGUUUUGAAACCUGGGAUUCCAUCAACCUCAACAACUGGUUUGAUGCUGGCACCGAUGCCUGGUUUAACCAGUGGUGGCUCACCCGCCUGGGCGGAAAUGGCCCUGAUACCACCAUGGUCAUUCCUAACAACUGGCCCAACAACUUCGUCAAUUUGUUUGGACGCAUGUAUCUCAAUGGUGCUGAGGUUUACACUUGCGCCAAGCCCAACGAUCAGUGCUUCGGCGAUGUCUCGUGUGACGACAUCAAGUGCUCUGGUGAUUGGGGAGAGGAGUGCAUCGACCAUGACAAGCAGCGACCUGUCUACAUGGUCUUGCAGUCCAUCCAAGGAUUCCAGUCUUACUUUAGAGACUACAUUGAGGUGCUCGAUGAGACCCAAAUGAACCUUCAGGGCAUGUCCGCCUAUCUCGUCUCCGACUUCUUCCCUCCCAUUAGCGACAGCUUUGAGUUCUUCCUCAGGGAGCUUCUCGUCGGACUCGGCACUGCUUUCUCCAUCGGAGGGUCUUACAUGAAGCUCACCAAGUGGGUCAAGGCCAAUGACAUCACCAAGGAGUCUUCGUCUGCACUGGGUGCUCUACUCAACGGUGUUGGAACUGGUUACCGAGAGGUUGUGAAAUACCCUGCUAGCCAGUCCUUCAACGACUUUGCCGACCUCGGUGUCUUCAUGACCAACGUCUUUGAACAAACUCGAUCUGCCCUGAACGAUAUGCAGGAGAAUCUCGCCACUGGUAACUACUGGGGGGGUAAGCGAUUCUUUGACUACGCCGCUGGUGGAGUUUUCCUCCCUGGCCCUGGCAAGGAGUUCAGCGCUGACCCGACCGCCUCUGAGCUGACGCUGCUCCGACAGUACCUGCAGAAGCAAUUCAACGCCAGGGCUAUCAACUACAUCUGGCGCCAGCAGAAGAUCUUCAUCACCUACACCACUGAUGUCGAUGGCUCUUGCGAGCAGGACCAGCAGGGUCCUCAGGAUAUGAAAUACUGCCGAGAAGGCGACGCCGGUGUCUACUACAUGUACUGGUGGCACGAGGCGUCUGUCGGAGCUGGAUCGACCACUGGUCUCAACAACUUCGACACUGGCAAGAUGGACCAUCCCACUGGCUGGGACAAGCUAGCUGCUGGCUGGGUUGACGAGGGUUACCAGCUCGAGCUCAAGGACGUCUUUGAAUCGUCCAUCUCCGCCUACCAGGUCGCCAAGUUUUCCUACGAUGGAGAAAACGCAGUCAAGCGCGCCCAGGAAGCCGUCACGGAUGGCUGGGCCAACCCCUGGGACCAGGGCACCAGCUGGGAGGGCACCUUCACCAUCCCUGUUUGCGACACUGGCGAUGUCAGCUACAACGUCCAAGUCGGCGACCGAAUCAUGCCUUGCGGCUGUGGCGGCGGAAACGAAGUCGACGACUGGAAGAAGGCUGCCAAGUUCGACGGCUACACCACUUAUGAUGACCAGUGCACCGAAGGCAUGCAGGCAGCUCGCAAGCAGGCGCGUCGCGGUGGACAGGGAAACCAGGAGUCCAAUACGCCCGCCUUGCCUACCAAUGUCAACGAGAUUGCCUGCCUGACCUCCGACGGUGUCAACAAGGACAUGGUCACUCAACUUUCCUACUGCCAAAAGGCCGUCGCCAGUCUGGGCGAUGACCGCGACAAGCAGAUCUGCUCCAGCGACUGCCAGGACGGAGGAGUUGGACAAAACAGCGUCUGGUGCCGCCUCGCCCUCGACGACAGCAACAUCCAUUUCUGCGCCCUCACCAUGGCCGCCAAGGACUCUGCCCACGGCGGUCCCGGAUAUGGCUGUAUGACGGUUGGGAACGCCCAAGACUUCUUGGCCAACGCCGAGGCGACGACGGAGAAUGGUGGUAAGGGAUGUCACCCCGUGGGAACCCCUGAUUUUGCUGCUACGUUCCUUACGCCCGAUGGCAUGACUAGGUGGUGCUUGAGCGAUUAUGAGCACGCGGGCUACUGUACUGUUUAGACCUUGGGUCGUCGGGAGAGCCGAGACCAUAUCCGAGCUUGGGGUAGAUCUCAUUCGAUUCAGGAGACGUCAGGAUAUUUAGCAUAGUACAGUACUUUUCCUUUGUAGCGCUCUUAGAUGAAUGAAAGGGCUUUACAAACAGUACAAAGUAACGUUUCCUAAAAACAGUCCCACAUCUGGAGUUGAACCAAUCGACACCGGCGGAUGACAUCCAGCCGAGCAAAACGGCUAACGC